CUAGACAUUAUUCUAACCUCAAUUUACACGUAAUUUCCAAUACCUGCUAGUAAAGUAAUUUGUAGAAUUCCAUUACAUAUUUCUCAUACGUUUACUUUUAAUUUAAACAUAACUUCAAAUCAACCUCAUUGAUUAUGUCCAACGAAGCAGAUGAACGUAUGGACUCAAGUUCAGAGAAUGAAGACGAUGAAAUGAAUGAAGAAGCGGAGAGUGACCAGAACGAUGAUCGCCCGAAAACUUAUUUACCAGACCAGCCUUUAAAGGAAGAUGAACAAUUGGUCUGUGAUCAUUCUGCUUAUGUGAUGCUGCAUCAGGCUCAAACUGGAGCCCCAUGUCUUAGCUUUGACAUAGUUACAGACAAUCUUGGAAAUGAUCGAAAUGAAUUUCCUAUGACUGCUUAUUUGGUCGCCGGAACACAAGCGUCAAGUGCACAUUUGAAUAAUCUUUUGGUAAUAAAAAUGUCAAACCUACAUCCUAUAUCUAAACCAGAGGAAGAUGAAGAAUCUGAAGAUGAUGAUUCUGAUGAUGAAGAUGAAGAGCAGAAACCACAGAUGACAUUCUCAUUCAUAAAACAUCAAGGAUGUGUAAACAGAAUAAGGGCUACAAAUUUUAAAAACUCUGUAUUGGCAGCAAGUUGGUCAGAACUAGGCCGAGUUGACAUUUGGAAUAUCACACAACAGCUGCAAGCCGUGGAUGACCCAGUUGUGUUAGAAAGAUACAACUUGGAGACAGUUUCAAAUCCCGUCAAACCUAUAUACUCAUUUAACGGGCAUCAGCAAGAGGGUUUCGCUCUCGAUUGGUGUCCUACUGAAUCAGGUAUGCUGGCAACUGGAGACUGCAGAAGAGACAUUCAUAUAUGGAGACCAAAUGAAGGUGGCACUUGGACUGUAGACCAACGACCCCUUGUAGGGCAUACCAGUUCUGUUGAAGACAUACAAUGGUCUCCAAAUGAAAGGAACGUAUUAGCUACAUGCUCUGUAGAUAAGACCAUAAGAAUAUGGGAUACUAGAGCAGCACCACAAAAGGCUUGCAUGCUCACAGCUGAAAAUGCACAUCAAAGUGACAUUAAUGUUAUAUCAUGGAAUGGAAAAGAGCCAUUUAUUGCAAGCGGCGGUGAUGAUGGUUUUCUACAUAUCUGGGACUUGAGACAGUUUACAAAUAGUACUCCAGUGGGUACAUUCAAACAUCACACUGCACCAGUUACAUCAGUGGAAUGGCAUUGGACCGAGCCCAGCGUGUUAGCAUCAGCAGGAGAAGAUAAUCAAGUAGCUCUUUGGGACUUAGCGGUUGAAAAAGACGAUGAUGAAGUUGAAGAUGAUGAUGAAUUAAAGAACCUUCCGCCUCAGUUACUAUUUAUUCAUCAAGGACAGACUGAUAUUAAAGAGUUACACUGGCACAAGCAACUACCUGGCGUUAUUGUAACAACAGCACAUACAGGAUUUAAUAUAUUUAAAACUAUUAGUGUUUAAAUAAAUCAUACAAAAUUUAA